AGUAAGAAAAAGAAGAGAGAAAGAAAAAGAAAAAUAUCCCAAAUAUACUUCGCCACUGGAGCGCAGAGCAGAGAGGAGAGGCGGAGGAGCCACGAAAUUCGAGCCAAGCCGGCGACUUUUUGGAGUUCUUCUCGCCCCCACCGGGCGAUCCGGGCUGCUGCUGCUGCUGCUGUUAGCGUGUUUGGUGAGGUGAAACGGUUCUUGGAGCAGGGAAGUUUAUUGAGCAGGUGCUUUUCUGGGAGGUGCAACCAGCUAAAUUCAUAUGCUACCUUCUGGUUGAUGGCCGUCCCUCCUUUUGAAUCAGGAACAGAAAGUGAAGAAACAGAUAAUUUCCCUUUACUUGCAGACCACAUGGAAAAUACUGGACAUCAUGCACAUGCAGUUGAUAUCCCAUGGGAUUCUUCACCAUCAACAUCUCGCCGAGAUAAUCAUAAUGGCUUUGAUCAAUUACCUCGUAUCUUAGAAAGUUCUUCUGGGACACCUCCAUCUAACUCUCACAAUGGUCCUCUAGCAAGAAGAGAUGAUAAUCGUGGUCGUCGUCAGCAAAGUCCCUUGAAUUCUGCUUGCUGGAUCUCUGUUGAGCUAGUUGUAAAUGUAAGCCAGAUUAUAGCAGCUAUUUGUGUUCUGUCGGUAUCAAGGAAUGAACAUCCACACUCUCCGUUAUUUGAGUGGAUCAUUGGUUAUACAGUAGGUUGUAUUGCCACACUUCCUCAUCUUUACUGGCGCUAUCUCCAUCGCAACCUCCCAACCACUGGGCAAGCCCCAACAGUUCAGAAUAUACCCCCAAGCAACACUCCUGAAGCUAAUUCUUAUGGAGUAGUUGGCCCAAAUGGAGUCUCAGUAAACAAUGAGGUGACUGUAAAUCCAAGGCACCAAGCUUUCGCUGAUCACUUCAAAAUGGCUCUGGACUGUUUCUUCGCUGUGUGGUUUGUUGUCGGAAAUGUAUGGGUAUUCGGUGGACAUUCAUCUGCUCAUGACGCACCCAACUUGUACAGGUUGUGUAUAGCCUUCCUCACAUUCAGCUGCAUUGGCUAUGCUAUGCCUUUCAUCCUCUGUGCUUUGAUAUGUUGCUGCCUACCAUGCAUAAUCUCUAUCUUGGGGUUCCGGGAAGAUCUCAACCAAAACAGAGGUGCUAGUGCAGAAGCAAUCAAUGCCUUGGGAACAUGCAAGUUCAAGUCAAAGAAGGUCCGUGAUGGAGAUGGAAACGAAGUCGGUGUUGGGGUUGUGGCUGCUGGAACACCCAAGGAACGAGCUGUUUCUGCCGAGGACGCUGUCUGCUGCAUCUGCUUGGCAAGAUAUGCGGAUAACGAUGAUCUCCGAGAGCUCCCUUGCGCACACUUCUUCCACAAGGAUUGUGUGGACAAAUGGCUCAAGAUUAACGCGCUGUGCCCCCUUUGCAAAGCCGAGAUAGAUGGUGUCCCCACAAACGCUCCAGCCAUUGGCUUUGGGCGUCGCCACAAUGACAACAGGGUAGGAAACGACAUCGAAUCACGACUAUAACUCCUGCUUGCUAUCGGAUCACGCCUUUGAUAACUCUAUCCACGCAGCAAUCUGUAAAUUAUAGAGGUAGACAUCAAGAUGUAAGGGUCCUCUUACGAUCCAACAAAGUUCUUCUCUGAAUGACUACUGCCUCACUGUCAGUAUAUAUUGCUUCCAUUCCAGCCUUAGUUUCUUCCCAAAUUUCUUAUCAAACUGCAUCAGUAUCUGUCAGAUGUUCCAGCAACAGGUACAGUCCCUGAAUUGGUUGCCAUAUGCUGACCAUGAGCCAUGAUAGGGCCAGUAUCAGCACAAAGCUGUCCAGGAAUGGUAACCACUGCAUAUGCUGGUGCAAUGCAGCUUCCAUAUAUGCAUUAGGCUAGGAGAGAUCAGUUUGCCUCCCAGAUUCAGAAACAUUUUAUCCUUUGGGGAAAGGGAGAAAUUGAGUAACUUGAGGUCUUGGAGGUGGUGUUUGUAAAAAAAUAGGUCUCUGAGUGUAUGACAUGUGGAUCCAUCAGUGUCUAUGAAAUAUGGACCCAGAGGUAAAUUUAUGAAA